CGGCGGUUUUUCGUUGCAUGUGUCAACAGAGACUCGGAACGAAUUUCAAAUUUUGCAGCAUCAGAAGCUAAAUUUUAACUCUUUCAGAGUUCUAUGAUUAUAUUACAACGAAGCUAGUGUUAUAACUCUGUGUGGGAAUUUUUAACAUCAGUAUUCACUGCGAAAUGUCAAAGCCGUAGUACAUAAGUUGCUUUGUAUCGCGUUGUUGGAACUCCAAUCGCUAGCGCGUCACUCCUCGCGGUCUCGUCACCUUUGAACACUACGCUUCAAAAGAGCAAAUUUUCGAUUCAUAUCAUGUUGGUGCGGGGAGCAAGUUUUGAAAGAUGAGUCGGAGAUCAAGUAUAAGCAGCAGUGUAAGUACUAGCCUCAAAUCUGGCGUUGAAGAUGACCCGUUGAUGCGAGAUUGCUACGAUCUUCGACGAAGGUUACUUCAGACAGAACAAUCCCUUCAAAGUUUGAAUCCACCUCAUGCAACGAACAGGUAAUAUUUCUGAAACGUUGUACAUCUUUAGAACAAAACUAUGUAUACAAUUAUGUAGUAGUUUAUAAUUUUAGUAAGAUUACAAUCGCUUUUGUUACAUUUUUGUAUUAUUUCGGACGUCCUGCCAAGAGAUCGGACGUAAUUAUUAUGAUUCAGUGGCGUUUUGAUCGCGUAGUUCUGAUUGUAUACAGUAAUCACAUUAUGGGAAUUACUUUUGUGUUAAAAUUAAAUACUCAUUAAAAAUAUAAACUGCCCGAUCAUUCAAUCAAAGAAAUUUCGCUUUUGAAUUUCCUUUCGAAAGGAGCGGAUUCAAUAUACUCCUCUUCAGAAAGUAGCCGUUCGAGUGCUGCCUUCGUGAACGACAGGAUUGAUUGAUUUUCGAGAGCGUUAGACGUUUCUAUGCGUAAUCAGUACAAGGUAAACAUUUCGCACUGUACGCGAAGUUUGCUUUAGGCUUACACAAUCAAUGCCGUUUUUUUCCAAAAAAAGUUAACAAAAGUUAGCUUAAAUUCUACCAUUUGCUGUGCGAAAAUGUUCGAACUACACUAGUAGCAUCUAUUAAGAAUUCUCAAAAUGAUGUUAUUGUUUUUGUCGCGUUCCGACGUUCGUGUGUCGUAACUAAGGGCCUAAAUGUAUACGCGAAAUUUUGUUAAUGUUGAUUUUUCUGCGGUUGAUGUUAGUUUGCCGGUAUAUUUUAACUGAUAUUGAUUGUUCUUAUUUCCGCAAUUAUCUUGAUUUAUAAAAGAAUUUCCCGUAAUGUCGAGUUACAAGGUUAUGGAUUAUCUUUGUAGACAGGCUACCUAAAACACAGGGUGGAUUGUUUAGUUAACACGUUUAGACAUUUGAACAUACUUUAGCAAUAAUCGUAAAAUGUUUGCAUUUUCUGUGAUGCGGCGUCUUGUUGAAUAAAAACAAUGUUUCAAUAAUUUUGUUUCCAUUAAACUGAAGUACAAAUUGAAAAGGGUAUGAUAUUAAUUUUCUGCUAGUUUCUCAGUUCCUACAAUUUAAGAUGGAUAUGGAAAACAUUAUCGUAGGACUUCUGUUUAUAAAAGUUCACCCACUGAGCCAAAAGCUUUAUUGCAGUGGAAUCCUGCUUCAUGACCACCUUGGCCUAGAUCCGCACACAUCUAGGGUUAGUUACCAUGGCAACUCAUAUGUUCUGUUUGCAGUUAAAUCGGGAUUAGGACUAAGCUAAGUCUCAGAAACCCUCUUCAAAUGGCAGAGAAUUGGAUCUUCCUGGCAUGACUUUAAUUAGGGCAAACCUCUCUCUUUUACCUGCUUAACACUUAACAACAGGGCUCAAUCCUUUCUUUUCCUUCCCUCAAACUAAUGUGGCCCCAAUUCAUCUUAGCCUAUGAGCAGGCCCAUCGAGGCAUGAUUUCGGGAAGGUGCAAGCUGGCAAGAAUAAGUUAGCUUGCAUGCGGGCUUUUGAUUUUAUGAGUUCCUUGCAUUGACCAAAAAAUGCAGCAAUCUUGAUUAAAAGGCUACAUAACUAUAACAAAAACCACGGACACUGGGUGCAAACAACAUAUUACAUCCACACAUCAAACAUAGAGGGGGAAGCCAGUGUUCUCCUUAAAUUUUAGUUCAGCAGGUAAGAGACCAUUCCUUAAUGGUGAGGCAAAACAAAUAUGCCAGAGGUGCACUUUCCUAGAAAGGAAGUGGGGUGAGGGACAUGACCCUGAUCACACUGGGAAAUUUGCUUGAUUUUGACUAAGCCAAAGUUAUUUUUGUUGCUUAAUUGUCUCACAUUGUCUGAUUGAGAGGUCAUUUCCUGUGGUUUUUGUUUCUCACAGGUUUUAACAAUCCACCUGCAACUUUUUGUCAUUUUUGUUUACAUUUGCCUUUUUUAUUGGAUACACGUCAAAAGAGACAAAAUUUAAAAAAUCAAUGAUCCACGUGCAGGCUCACUUUUGGCCUCAACCUAUUCUUCUCAUGCUGGCGGCUCCAUCAUCAAAAUUUUACCCAAAAUCGCACAAGUGAGCGUGCUCACAUGUUCAUAGAUUCAUCUUGCAUCCUUCAUUAUUUAGGUGCACACCAUAAUAUUGUGUUUUAAUCUCGCGCACAUCUUUGUUGUGAUUUUUCCACUAACCUCAGAGUUUACUUUUAUUUAUGUUUUUGUUAUUCAUACUCCUUUCUGUUGCUCAGCACAGCUUUUCGUUGACCCUUCAGCAAUUUGUUAUUGCAAUUUUUAAUAAAUGUAUAGUAUCAGAAACUCAUAAGGGGUUGAAACGUGUAACUCUCAUAUGUUUUCUUUGUCCGAUGCUCGUGAUUAUUCAUUUUCGAAAGUACCAUAUUUGGAACGAGAAGAAGAGAUAACUGACCAAUCAAACUUCGUAAACAACGUGACGUAAUUUUCCUUCAGGUUCCCGCGCCCGCUUAAAAAAAUGGCCGACAAACGGGGGAAAGCUUUCAAAGCCGAGAAAGCUUUCAAAGGUUGAAACCAGGAAUAUUACCGAAACAAUGAGCAGGAUAUUAUUGCCUCACCACCCGGGCCAAACGUAACAUUAUGAAACCCAUUGACGGCCUCGCAACUUCUUGAAGUUGUCACUUCAAAAAACGAUGCCUCGUUGACCCUCUGCACGGUAAACUUAUACUGCAAAUUUAAAAGUCUAAAAUAAACAGUGAAAAAUAUUUUCGAAUAAAAUUCAUUAGCUGCGUAUCGAAAGUGUCCAAAACCUGAACCUGACAUCUUCGCAAAAAGUGAUGCUUGUAAUGAAUGUGAGAAGCAUUUUAAAAGUUUAAAUUAACCUUAUAUGUUGUAGACACGAUCGUGUUUUGAGCUAAUUUUAUGAAUGAACAAACUCAAAACAAUAGACAGAGAAGCCGUUUCUUGAAAAUUUUUAUUCAAAGUCCAAAAAGUUAAUCAUUUAAAGCAAUUCGGAAAACACUAUCUGGAUCGUGGAUCCGUUCACGCAAGUGAAAUCGGCUAUUAAAGCACAUGGCAAGAUUCAACACAAAAUCCAUCUCAAAUCAGGGCACAUUUUGUAAUUUUUCUUUAGCGCCGAAGAGAAAAAUUUAUAAAACGUCUAUGAAACAUUUAAAAAUACAUAGAUUCCCUUUCAUAAACGUAAUUGUCUUGGCCAUAGAGUGCAAAAUGUACCUGAAAAUUCAGCAAAAACUUCACUGACUUGGUUGCAUUUCAAAACAGACCACGGGCUCCGCCGUGAAGAAAACAAGGUUGAAUUCCUCGAAGGACGAUUUCUUGAUGAAAAGCUUCCCUUUCUCCACAAAAAGAAAGCUGACCAUUCUUUUGAACUUUCUCUUUCCAUUUUUUGUCUUUUAACGGUGCAUUUUUAACCUUGAAAUGCAAAACUCUUGUCUUAAAACAUCUGCACGGUGAUCGCGCAGCAGCCAUUUUGUUGAAAAUGGAUAUCCGUCACUAAGAUUUCCAAAUAUGGUCAAAACGAAUAUUCACGAGCAUUGAACGGGAGUUACACGUUUCAACCCCUUAUGGGUUUCUGAUAGUAUCUUAAAGUUUUAUAUCUUUUUUUAUCUUUACUAAAGCAAGACAAGGCCAACUUUAAAGCACCCUUCCCAUGGUACCAGAGCUGAUGCAUUUCGUCCAAGUGCUGAGGAUUUAAGGUUAGUGCAUAAGUAGAGCUGCCUAGAAAGUUUAAAGUAGAAGGAGAAGAUUUUACGUAGGUGGCAGUAGAAAUGACUGAAUGGCACAGUGUGCCUUUCACAUUAUGCAUCCACUGUGGUGGUAGUUAUGAGAGCUCAUGGUUUGUGUCCAAAUGCUGCCAAUUUAAGGUAAAAUCACAAGCAGAGCUCUCCACAAAAUUAAAAGUAGAAGCUGAAAACAAUUUAUGUAGUUGGCAGUAGAUACGAUCGAAUGGCACAGAGUGCAUGGGGUAGGGGUAGUUAUGGGAAGGAAAGGGGUCAUGAUUCCCCCCCAUUAGGGAGUCUGAUGGCUUUCCUGGGGCUCUGAAAAGUGCAUUCUAGGGGUGACUAUUGGGAAAAAUUUAACUAUUGCAGUUGUAUUGCAAUAGGUCACACGGAUAUUGCGAUAGUGGAGGUACUAAUUGCAAUAGUAUUGUGAUAGUUUUCAGCCUUUCCUUUUUUGUUUGCAAUGAUGCAAAAUUGGCCGCCAUGUUUGAAGUUUGAACGAACCUCAGUAAUUCAUGUAAACCCUCUCUAACAUAGACUGAAAGCAGUUCAAUAAUCACGGUGCUAAAACAUUUUAGAUGUAGGUAUCACAUCUCAAUUUUACUCUGAGCUUCUUGCAGUAGGACAGUUAAUUGUUUUUAGUUUCUUGUUUAUCAUCAUUGUGACCUUCAGAAUCAAAGAUGGGUAAGAAUGGUAUCUUUAUCUGUCCAAAGAAGUUAAAUAAUUUAAAUGUUAGAAACUUGUAUAGAAUUUAUCGUUAGUUCACUACACUACUGCGAUUGUUAUUUGUUUCACUUUUACUAUAGACAGGGCUUCUGAUAUUUCGCGCGGUCGCGGACCCGCGAAAUCCCGCGAAAUUCCCCAAAAAACACACGAAAUACCGCGAAAUCCGCCAGAAUAUUUCCAAAUACAUGGCGGCAAAACAUAUUUAAUACUUAUCUUGGCUCUUAGACCUGUUCUAUUCACCCCAAACGUCCAAAUUUAUCUUGAAACUUCGUCACUGCAACGAAUAAACGUCUCAAAACUACCAGGCGUCGUAGAUGAACGUUGCGAAAAACUGGGCACUAACCAUAAUGUUAACAGCUUUAGGGUUCGCUCAUUUCUCGAGCGAACUGUUGUUGAAAGAGCAAAAGAUUAUCCGUGUUAAAAAACGUUAAACAAUGCUGGUCAUAUCGAGGCAAAAUUGAUCGAUUUUAGCGAAAUUUGCCAAAAAAAUCCAUCGAAAUCGGCUGUUUUUUACUGAUUGUUUCUUGGCGAAGUUUCCCCCCAAAAUUUCCCAUGAAAUCGGCCAAUUUUUCUAAGAAUUUGCCCUGAAAAUCCUUCGAAAUUUGACUUUUUCCCGCUAAAAUCCCGCAAAAUCGGCCGAUUUUUGAGCAAAUUUUGACUUUUCUCCCACGAAAUCAGCCGAUUUUUGAGCGAAUUUUGACUUUUUCCCCGCGAAAUCGGCCGAUUUUUCCGCGAAUUUGCCCCUGAAAAUCCUGCGAAAUUUUGCUUUUUUUUCCGCGAAAUAUCAGAAGCCCUGUAUAGAUCCGUCACUAUCUCGGCAGUAAUAUCACAGUUAAUUGAUAGUUCAAUGUAUUGUUAUGGCCUUAGUGCAUUCCAGUGUAUGUUGAGCGACCGGAAAAAGAGUUUUAUAGCCACAAGGAUGUUGUUUUUGUUUGCCCACAUUUAAUUAAUUACUUUUAAAUCUGUUUCCUAUGUUUGCAUUUACUGAACAAAAGCAUUAGAAAUAGGAUUUGGAAAAAUUAUUUUCCUGAGUAACUGGGGCUUUCAUGAUGACUAGAUAGCACUUUAAUUAUUGCUGGUUGUACCGCUUCUGGAGAAUGCUGCUCAUGUUUGGCUUUAUUUUGUCUGCUGUAGGGGAGAAGUGGAGAGUUAGGCACAGUUUAUCUUCCAUUUUUCCCUGCUCCUUUCUAAUAAGCAUAAAGGGCCCCCUUACCUUUUCCUUCAGAACCAAACUAAAAAGUGUUAGUGUGAGUUGAUUAUCAAUCACUUAAUUAAUUUGCAUUACACUCCAUGAGCACUAACCAAUUAUGGAGUAAUAAUUUAAUAUAAAGUCAUAAAUAUUAUGUUAAUGUCUAAAACAAAAAACUGUGGUCUAUUUUAUGUUGUGAUUUUCUGCUUAAUCUCAGUACUUCUAACUCUCACAACUCCACCCCUCAUUAUAGUGCCUUAAAAAAAUACCUCAGUUGCCAAUGGGAAUUUAAUGGAGGAUUUACUCUAUUUUUCUGACUUUUACAGUUUAAAUGGCCAUGGUCCAAGAAGGAGUUAUUCAUCAUCCCCAGAAAGUGCAGCAGGUCAGGUGUUGACACUAGCUGACUUGAGUCCAGCGGGCUCAGAGCCAAACCUGCCUUCUAAGGGCCGCGUAUUAAGUACUCCGCUUAUCAGUUCUUCUCAGCCCCUUAGAUCAUCAUAUCCAGACCUCAGGAAUGGAUCCACACACUUGUCACCAAGGGACCAGGAGGUACACCGUCCUCAUACUUAUCAUAGGUCACAUUUAUUUGCUUUGUUUAUAUUUCAUUUGCAAUAGAUUUCCUGUCUGUGAAUUAAUGUGUAUGUUAGUAUGUGUAAUCUAAUGGUGACAAGUGAAAUUAAGAGAAUAAUUUCACGCGCGUUUUGUCCAAAUCCUGGAAAUUAAAUUAGGAUUUGGACAAAACGCAAGUGAAAUUAUUCCCUAGUGUCACGAGUAUACCAUUUGAUUGCCUAUUAAUAUCGUGGGUGACGAAUUAAGUUAACAAUCCUGAAUUUUUGACAUAUUUAUCCCGGAUCUUAUCGAUCGAGAACUCCACUCUCUCAAAUGUUUUAAGACCAUAAAUUUGGCUUAAGUUCAGAAUUUUCAGAAUUUUUCGACAAAAUACCUGUUUAAUAGAAUCCUUCUUGAUGUGCUUUUUCGUGUGUUCAGGUUUUCUAAAGUGUCUUUUAGUGCCCUGACAUCUUCAUUCAUGGCAUUUUAAUUUGUUGCCUUCUUGACACUGAGACAUAUGGUUGCCAUGGCAAUUUUGUAAUAUUUCAUGUGUGAAAUUACAAAUUAAUUCUGAAAUUUCGCGCCAAAAUUAAGGAGUAAUUCGUCACCUACGAUAUUGCAGGUCAAAUUUGAUUUCGGGUUAAAUUUUUUUAACCUAGGUUGACUCUCAAUUUCCUUUGUCUUCUAUGGCUACGAGACAAUGGAAAUAAUGAGAAUCAACCUUGGUUCAGGGCUUCUGAUAUUUCGAUCGCGCGGUCGCGGACCCGCGAAAUUCAGGUAUUUCCGCGAAAUUCCCCAAAUACCGCGAAAUCCGCCAGAAAUAUUUCCAAAUACAUGUCGGCAAAACAUAUUUAAUACUUAUCUUGGCUAUUAGACAGGUUUUAUUCACCCCAAAUGUCCAAAUUUAGCUUGAAGCUUCGUCACUGCAACGAGUAAACAACGUCCCAAAACUACCAGGCGUUUUUAGAUGAACGUUGCGAAAAACUGGGCACUAACCAUAAUGUUUAUAGCUUUUCUCGAGCGAACUGUUGUUGACAGAGCAAAUGAUUAUCCCUGGCCAUCCCUGUUAAAAAAAACGUUCACCAACGCUAGUCAUAUCGACGCCAAAUUGAUCGAUUUUAGCGAAAUUUGCCAUAAAAAAACCCCAGCGAAAUCGGCUGUUUUUUACUGAUUGUUCCUUGGCGAAGUUUCCCCCCGAAAUUUCCCAUGAAAUCGGCCGAUUUUCCUAAGAAUUUGCCCCUGAAAAUCCUCAGAAAAUUGACUUUUUUCCCGCUAAAAUCCCGCGAAAUGGGCUGAUUUUUCUGCGAAUUUUGACUUUUCUCCCGCGAAAAUCGUCCGAAAUCGGCCGAUUGUUCCGUGAAUUUUGACUUUUUCCCGCGAAAUCGGCCGAUUUUCCCGCGAAUUUGCCCCUGAAAAUCCCGCGAAAUUUUGCUUUUUUUUCCGCGAAAUAUCAGAAGCCCUGUUGGUUAAAUCAAAAUUAACCUGAAAUCAAAUUUGACCUCUGACAAAUAUAUGUUAUUGGUCAAAAUUAAAUUCAGUUUACAAUUUUUUAACCCAGGGUGAUUCUCAAUUCCCUUUGUCUAAUAAGUAUAAUAAUAAUAAUAAUCAAAUGUUUAUCCAGGAAAACCCUACAUUACAAAGUACUGUUAUCAACGGGGUCCUGUUAAUGGCUAAGAAUUAAAAACUAAAAAACAAGAAUUACUAAUUAAAAAUGAUAUAUAUAUAUAAAUACAGUCGAACCUGUAUACACCAGCCCUGUAUUAAGUGGCUGGUUUUCAAAGUCCGGAUUUUUCGCACAUACAAAUGCAUAUUAAAUUGUUACCUGUCUUCCUGGGCGGCCACCCUGCACAAACCAAUGUUCGACUUUCUUUGUUAUUGUUGUUGUUAACUGGAUAUUUUGUUUAUUUUAGCUGGAUAGCCGGUCAUUUGGAAGUGCUAGUGACUAUGAUCAUGAUGCAAUGAUUAAAAAACUUUCCAGGCAGCGUGAAGAAAAUUCCCAGCUCGUCAAUCAGAAUCAUAAGUUAAUGACAGAACUGGAGAAUCUUAGUUAUGACCUACAUCAAGCUAGAAACAAGGUUGGUAAAAAAAAAAAUAGGCCUGGUGGAUUCAUGAAGUAAAAACAGUUAUUAAGUAUACCAGUACAUUAAUAUUACAUAUGGUACGUUUAUAAAUUUAGAAAGGGUGUUUAGAAUAAAGCCCCAAAACACAAAACAAGCAACUGCUAUGAAACGGCAAUUCUCCUUCCAGUUAACCUUCAGAUCUAUAUAUUUACUUAAGUGAUUCAAUGGAAUAUUUUACCAAGUGGAGUACUGCAGCUUUCUGUUUCAGAAAUAAAAUAAUAUCAGCUUCAAAAGUUUGAGCAUGCACAGAUUGCAAAAUUUCAAGAUGUCCCCUUGACUUUACCUUUCGCUUUCUCUCCUCUCCUCUUCUUUCACCCGCCUUGCCCAGUUUUGCAUCCCUUUGCUGGGCUUCAUUUCUAUCAUGGGAAAAGUUUUGGGAAAUCGUUUAGGAUUGUAGUGCCGAUUUCCUCUUCAUGUAAACAUUGCAGACCUGGCAGAAGUACUUUGAGUGUCAAUAUAAACCCUUUCCAACAAUACAUCUCACCCUACAUACCCCUAAAAGCCUUUGAACUCACUUCCCCAAUCAAAUCAGAGAUCUGCUCCACAGGGUUGUCAUUAAGAGCCGGGGGCCGGGGAUUUUCCCCGGCUACUAAGAGAGUGGCCCCCAGCUACUUUUAUUGGAAAAUAGAAGAAAAAUAGAACCACAAGAAAUGCCUAGCCGUUUGAUUCCCCACCUACUUGUUGUAUUUACCCGGCAACUUGAAAUCUUAGUGACAACCCUGUGCUCCAGCUUAUGUCAUGCUACAUGUGCCUACGAAACUUAAGUGUAUAACUAUUUGAACCUUUGACCUGGAAGUGAGCAGAAGUAUGGCUUUUUUUGUUAGUUUGAUAAAUUCAUGCAAUGUAUUUUAACUAUACAUUUCUCUUGCCAUAAACUAAGGUGAAGAUUCUAAGUCAAGAGCUUGAAGUUGAGAGGAAAAGGUUGCCACCGUUGGAAGACAGAAUAGUGAGUUUAGAGUCGAACUUAGCCUCACAAGAGGAUGCUGUCAGGUAACUACAGUCAAACUUACAUAAAGCAGUAAAAAAAAAUUAAAUAUUAAUAAAAAUAAUAAUAAAGUAAUAAUAAUAAAGCCGUCUCCCUUGACUGGGAGUGGCUACGCUGGGACCAGGUUCCACAGUUGGUGGGAAAGGGGAAAACAAUCGUCGAGCAAAGUCAGAAAAGGGGUAGUCCAGGGAGGGGAACAGCAGCAUCAAAGGCAUGGCUCCAGGCUCUGCCGGUCUCUCUCUUCCCCAGUCUACUACUAAGCUCGCUGAUUUUUUUAAGCCAUUUUGCUCCAUUUUUUUGCCCUUUUCCCAACAAUGGAGCCUGGUCCGUGGCUAGGGAAUGGCCAACUGACCACUUAAUACGGGUUGAUUGUUUAAUACAGGUUUGACAAAUCAAAGAAAAGAAAGAAAAAUAAAAAUGGUGACAAAGGGAAAUAUUCAUAACACGACGAAUUGACCUCAAAGUGUUUCUACCUUUUCUUGUGCCAUAAGAAAGGGAUUAAAGUCCACUGAAUGUCAUACACAUUGUAUCUAUUCCACUUGUAUGGCUACAACAUGAUAAAGUGAUUGUAAAGGUAAUAAAAAGUAACUCAAUGGGACCACAGAAAAGGUGACUGCGAGGGGCUGAUGAAGGGCAACUUAACUCAGGUCCGCUUAAUACAGGUUUUACUGAAGAGAUACUUUAAUAGCAUUACCAGACAACUAACUUGAUCCUGCAAAAGCCCUCAGUUGGUGCACGCAUGUAACUUAUGGGUGUUACUGCUCUGAAUUAACACACAAACCUCCUUGUUACUCAAGUGUCAUAUCAUGUUUCUUGGCUUUGCAGAUAUGCAGAGCACAGUAUGCGAGACUGCCAGGAAGAGCUUCAGUCCAAAACAGAAGAACUCAGAAGUGUACUGGAAUCAUCCACAAUAGCUGAAAAUGAGCUGAGAGAGGAAGCCAAGCUUAGAAAACGGUAUUACUUACCAACUCUGACCAAAAAAAAUUCUCAAUGUCUUGAUACUUUUGGGCCACAAUAUGCUCUGAAAUGCCCUUCAUAUUAAAGAGUUCUUCAUAUUUCAGUGCAAAAGUGAGCAAGUUAUGAUAUUUGAGCCUACAAACUGUACAAUGCACUUCUUACAAACUGGCACUUCACACUGUCAUUAGUGAAAUUGACAGUUAGUGACUGUUAACCUGUGAAAGAUGCCGUACAUUAUUUAAUGAAUUAUGUUGAUUGUUCAGGGCUUUUCAUCUCGUUCUGGUUUGAGAUCAUUUUCUUAUUCAGCUGCCAAACUAUAAUAAUCUCAACGUUUCAAUCAAAAGCUCUCAUUCUAUUAAUAAUUUUGUGAAGAAGAAUUGGAGUAAAUCAUUUUCUAAUUAGAUUACAUUAGAAGUAUAAUUAGUUUGAGACAUUGUAAUUUAUUUUACAUACAAUAUACAUGUAUAUAGUUAUAUUGUUUUAGUAUAAAACAGUAAAUCAGUGCUCAACUGUUUGAAUCUGUGUUAAAUAAAGUUUCUAUUCUAUUCUAAAGGCUCCUCUCACUUAGUUCUUUUUAGAAGAAACUUUAUUUAACACAAAGUUUAGUCGAAAUUCUCUUAAGGGAACACCCUCAGGUUGGGACGACAGGGUGAUCGUUAAAUGAAGGUUUGGCACGUGCACCCAUAGUGGUAUUAAAUAUCAAUGAUAUGUGUCUCAUCGGUGGCCUUUUUUUGAAUAGAGCGGAAGAUCAUCUUGAAGAAUCGUUAAGAAAUGUUGAAGAGCUAUCAGACAAACUUGCUGAACUGGAGACAACAAUCAAAUCGCUUAGAAAACAGGUGUGUUAAAUCAUUAUGACUGUAUCUUCAUGCAUCUACUCUUUUUCUGCAAAAAAUUGUGCUUGAAAACAAAAUAAUUAAAUGUCAUGACCAGUUUUUGAUCCGACUAAGAUUAUUUGUUUAAUAUAUUUCUUCGCAAGCAUUUUACAAUACAAUACAAUACAGUAGUUUAUUGACACUCCCCUGGUGGGGCUUUUCAGUGACAAUGCGAAUUGUUUGAGCGAGCUCUUUGCUUAUAUUGGACUUAAUAAAUGUGUGUAAACAAUUAAUACGUUUCAGUGGUUGAUCGAUUGACUGACUGACUGAUUGAUUUUUCAUCAAAGAAUUCUGACCGUGAAAAACACUGGAAAGAAACUCAUUCCCAAUCUCAACGUGAGAGAGAAGAGCUGUUAGAGAGAGAGUCCAUGUUACAAGCACAGAUAUCUGACCUUCAAGAAGAGAUAAGGUUAGCAAAUACUUUUGUUACAAUAAUUACUUAAGCGAUUGUUCAUUCAUAGUCUGAAUUUUCAGUAGCCGCCAGUAGGCGUUCCAUUGGGGGCCAGCGCUGAAUGGUAAGUCUGUUGAUCGUUUGGCAGUAAGUCUGGAUUUGUAAAACGUCUUGGUAGGCCUCACUGAUCAUCCUUUCUGUGUCUCUAGUUUCAACUCGAUAUUUCUUUUUAGGCUACGAAAUUAUAGUCGUACCGUUGUUUUAGUUUUUAUAACUUACGUUGUAAGCCCAAGAAGACUAGCAAAAUUGUGGUACUGAUUCAAUAAGAAAUGUUUUGACGUGGAAACAUGGAAGACCAAAAGGCAACUUCUAUUUUGUCAUAUAAAAACGAAGCUUAAUUUGUGUUUAUCGCGAAGUACUGUGAAGCGAUGCUGAAUAAAGUCAAGGCAAACGCGAUUUCUCUUCAAAAUGCACUUUGAGUGACUGAGUCUUCAAGAAAAAAAAAUACAGACAAAGCCCGCUUCACGGACACCUCAUUAGUACGGGGAUUUUGCUUUGUCCCUGGGGAAAGAAAGCCCUUACUUUUUAUCUAAAUUCAACCGGCCCCCUUAUAGUGUCCUCAUUAACGGGCUUUGAGUGUAAUCAGAAUGAGUUUCUGCUUUAUUUCAAUCACUGCAGACUCCUCCAGGCGGAGAGCAGCGCUAAAGAAGACAGCCAAACAUCCAUGCAUCACGAGAACACCAGCUUACGGGCCACUAUCUCACGUCAGAGUCAGAAAAUUGGUAGAAUUGAGAACGAGCUGAGGAAAAACGAGUUGUUGUUGAAAGAUCAAGGAGACUUGCAAAGUACUGUGGAGAAGCAGAGAGAAAAAAUCGUACAAUAUCAACGGGAAAUUGAGGAAACCAAGUUGCAUAUGGCGCGACUAGAAGAACUUGUGCAUCAGGUUCAGGAACAGAGUAUGAAGGAGCACGUGACAGCCACGCCUUCGGUUAGUAUGAUCGAAUACCCAGGAAUUUCUGAGACGUUAGUCUCUCCGUUUAUUACGUGAGUGAUCACUUGCAUGUCGUUCACAAUUUCACAGUUUUUCUCGUUCGGAGGUUGCGGUGGGAAGGCACUGUGUCGAAUUGCCCUAUGGGAUGGGAUCACCGCAGUCAAACGAGACAAAUUUGCAAAACUAAGCAAAGUACUUGAAAGCUGAGAUUGUAUCCUUCACUGUCUAAAGUUAAUUACCAAUAAGCUGUUAGUUUAAUAAACGGUUAGAAAUUAACGAGAAAAAUUUUGUUUGAAAACUAAAUUUGAUGUUACAGUCAGCGCCAUUUGUCAACGGUUUUCUUGCGUUUGCGCAACCGUUUUCAAUGAAAAGUAGCUCAUUAUUUUAAGGAAGACAGUUACAUGAGCCUAUUAUAAAUACACCUUUACCUAUGUUCCACUUCCUGAUAGAUGAAAUCGUAUGAAAUAAAAUAAAAAAAUAAACGCUGCAGACGCUUGACUGCGCUGGACCCUAUAGGACAGACAGAUUGCCAAAGGAAAAAGCGAUAGUGCGUGGAGGGGGGGAGGGGGAGGGGUUGCGGUCUCCCCAAACAGUUCCAUGCUGACCACACACGUGCGUUGUCUCGAAAUGACCAAUAGCGUGAUGAUUAAUUUUCAGACAAGUGACAGCGGUAUCUGUAGUAGUACCCAGACCAUGAACGGCUACUACAACAUUAGUCCGCGUAAUAUGGGCAACAGCUAUAUAGAGGAUGAACACGACCGUGAUCACGUGACGGGCAGCGGAGGGUCGGCGCGGGCGGUGAUCGCAGAUCUUAAGCUUAAACUGGCCGUGAAAGAAGCUGAGAUACAGAAACUACAGGCCACCGCUGUAGCAAGGGCAGCAGCGCAGCAAAAACACAUUGCAGGUAUGCUUGGAUAUUACUAUGAACCUUUUCCCGCGGGAAAAAAGAAAACUACGUUUGUGUCUGCUUCAUUUUGAGUUCGAAAUGAACAUGGCACUUACCAUGAAAUGUGAACGCGAAGCACGGCGUUAAAAGGCAAUUUCCAGCGGUAUUUCUCUUAUUAUACCUAAAUAAUCCUUGUCUGUCCUUUCCUUAUCUUAAUAUUCAAUGUUCUCGCGCGACAGGCUCACCUGGUAUUUUCCGACAGUAUUAUAGCAGCCAGUCAUGCGUUUUACCGAACCCACCAAAGCGUGAAAUAUAUUUCCGAAAGAUUUAGGUGGUAGGGAAUUCUCAUGAAAUAGCACCUGUGCGGCUGAGACAGCAACCGCCAAAUAUAGUAAUCGUUGGACCUGCGAAUCUUUGGAUAAGAUAAGCUUUUUGAAAUCAAUGUUGCCGGUAUAUGAGAUUUGCUAAGCUUUCAAACAUGCUAGAGAUUUUUUCACGGAGGUAAACCGCUCUCAUUGCGGCGGUAUCUGAGUCUUAUAAAAGGUAAUUUUCUCCUUACCUUGACAAAGCAGGCAAAGGAAUUGAGUGUACUUAGUUUUAUUCGUUCCAUUUUUCCUUAGAACGAACUCAUGUUAAUGUCAAUGAACGAUCGUCUUUCUGUACUGUCUAAACCCUCUUUUGCAAAACCAGGAAACUAGUUUUAGGCCUACAAAAUGGAAAUUGUCUUGUGUUUGAAAGGUGUUUUUUUUCUCUUAGGUUUAGCCGGUGAUGGCGGUGUUAUGGAUGGUUUAAGAACGGAGCUGUCCGCUAUUGUCGAGCGAAGUCGAAUUGGUGAUCGUAAACAACAGGAACUAGAGCAGAUUAUAACACGACUGGAGGAUGAAGUAUCGCGCUACUCAACACAGACCAUACAACUAGAAGAACGGCUGGCGGACAAGAUGGCGCAAAUUGCGUCCCUGGAAACCAAGCUCGGGCAAAGAAAUCUUAAGGUGGUUGAUUUACAGAACGAACUGGAGGAAAAGAUUACUGAAAAUAACGUACUACAGCGAGAGGUGAGAAAAAAAUCCAUUAGACAGGCCAUGGUCAGGAACGAUCUUUUCAUCGACGUUUCUGUAAAUGUUAUUACGAGGCCUGCAGACAAUUCCGGAACUCAUAAGUGGAUAGAUCAUAGUAAUGGUAUCAAAUAAGUUCCAAAACUUUUGGCAAGCGAGUUAUGAUCGUUUACUUGACAUAGCGGGUCGUUGUACACAAACCAUGACCUGUUAAUAUCAACCGUUUUAUAAUUUAUUUAUUUAAAUUUUCGGGGUUAUCAGUAGUAGCCGGCACCCGGCAAUUGAUCGCCGCCUACUUUGAAAUCUCUAGCCGUUUACUUUGCAUUCCAUUUGUGCUGAUUUGGUUUACGGUUUUUUAAAACUUUAAGUACUUAUCACUUAAAGUAAGAGCUUGAAUUGAUUAACUACAUCCUGUCAGACUAACAAGGUAAGAUACAAUUGUCUGUAAGUCACUUCUUCGAGGUGGCUCAGAAUCGUCGGUUUUUGGAACUGAGAAUAAGAGGAACGCUUAAACAGCAUAACUAUUUUCUUUAAUUGUAGAAAACCUUUUCCUCGUGUGUUGUUUUGUAUUCAAAAUAUUUAAAACGAUUACCUCCCUUUUUUGGGGCUGGAUCCUUCUGACGAAUGCCUAGCGCUCGAAAGAUCAGGUUUUCAAUCUUUUUAAGGUUAUGCUUUAAACCUUCUUCAUCAACUCAGUUGACAAGGAAAAAUUUUGUAUUUCCUCUUUCUAAGGUCCGUCAAGCCACGUCACAUUUAAGUAGCGUAGAGAAACAGCUAAAUGAGAAGACGUCACUGUCAGGAUUACACUCAGCAAAAUUACAAGAAGUUCAAGACGAAAUGGAAACCAGAAGCCGGAGAAUCCGAGAACUAGAGGGUUCACUGGAAGCUAAAGAUAUUGAACUUAAGGAAUCUGCUUCACUCGUGGACAGAGUAAAGGCCUUGCACAGUGAGCAAUGCCAUGAAUUGCAGCGACAGAUAGAAGAGGUAGGCAACUGACGCUACCAAACUUGGAAUCAAUUUAGGAUUCUAGGAAACUGCGCACUUACCCCUCCCGAAAGCUAACAUUUUGCCCUAGAUAUUAAAGAAGUACGUGUUAAUUUUGUUUUAAGGGAGGGGUAGGUGGCAGUUUCCCAGAAACCUAAAUUGAUCGUAAACUUGUUUCUGAUAUCAUUUGAGGCCUUUGGAUUCUAAGACGAGGACGACCAUGAGAACAAGAUUUUCUCAGCACUAAGCAGUGCUCGCGCGUGAACCAGCGUCAUUUUGGCGGGAAAACGUGAUAGCCGUGGUCAUUCUACCGUUCUAGCGGGAAUAUGUCGUAGUGGCGGAAACAAGUUAUCAAAACCAUUUCGCGAUCGGAGAAGGCUUUUAAAUUUCCUUCAGUAAAAAUAACCGUGUUAAAAUGAAGCUUUCCGGCGUGUCUUUUUCUUUAGAACACUCGAAUAAAUGUCACUGAAAAUCUUGUCCUCGUCCUUCAAAUCUAAAGGUCUCUGUAUUGAGCGCUAGGAGCCGUUCUUUGUCAGGUCUCUUCUCUGUGACCGAUCCUUCAUGGUUAAACCUAUCAGGGACUUGCGUCCCAGCUGGCAUAGCUCUCAGUAUCAUUAAGACACGGAGGCUCCUGAGUCCACCAUCAUAACCAGGUUACAUUGUCCUCUGCCAGUGCCCAUAUAUUGGUAUAGCUCAAGGGGUCUUGAACCAUUGGGACCGUCAAAGUUUGUUUUUCCUUUACAAGCUCCGUUAAUGAUACCAAAUACUCAUUACCUCACCAACACAGCACCAGAGUGGCUUUUGACACCACCCUAUAUCCAUUUAAUCUGUUUUACAACUUUGCCAAGUAUGGGGCCAACUGAUGGUACUAAACAUUUUUUUUUUUUUUUCAGUUACAGAGAUCUUUUGAAGAGAAAAACGCGGUCAUUUCUCAGCUUGAAACAUCUCUGGCAGCUUCGCGGCAGGAGUUGAAUCUAAAGAAAUCAAUCGCUGACCAAAUGGAACGCGCCCUGCAAGAGCAGAAACAAGAAAUCGAAUCACGUGAUUCGCAGUCAGUUCAGCACGGUAAGAAACUGGAAAAACUGGAAGAACAGGCUGACAAAGCCACGCAGCAGGUUAGAAAGAUGGAGGUAUCAUUAGCGGAGUGCCACAAGGAGAUUGAGAUGUACGUGGAACAACUGAAGCAAGUGCGUAGUGCGCAUGAGCAGGAACUGGAAGAAAAACGACUGGGGGUGAGUUGUAAGGUCUUAAGUGGAUACGCUGCCUAG